AUGCAGCAGACCCUCUCGUACUCAUCAUCAUCGCCAUCCCCAUCCCCGAUGCCCAUGCCAUCAGCAUCUGCAGUAACACCACCGAUCCCGAAUCCCAGUCCGACAGCGAAUCUGAAUUUAAAUCCAAAUCCGACUCCGAGUCCGCGUCCCAGAUCCACAGGCGGAGAUUCCAGAUUUCAGCCGGCCGUCAUCCCGGUUGACUAUAGCUAUCGCACCCAUACCACCCGCUCCAUACUCUCCGCGCAAUCGAUGGCACCGUCUACCUUUGCUUCCAACCAGAGCUUUGUGCGCCAACCCUCGGAAUCGGAUGUCCAGCCGUACAGCAGCCUUUUCGGGGAUCCAGUUCCACCGCCCCUUCAACCGGAUGACUACUUUGGAACGGCAGCCUUUGAGACAUUGCGAACGGGAUCUGUCGAGCUGCCCAGCUCCGAGGAGGAUGCACUGGUGGCCGCCGUGGCGUUAAAUGCAUUAAUUCCCGGAGCCAGGGAACGCAUCUUUCCGAGUGUGCCUUACACGAGGACUCCGAGGGGUUCCCUCCUGCCGUACCUACAGCCGCCAGACAUCCAAAUUCUUCCCAACUCAAGUGGCGGUUCCAGUUCGGAGCAGCUGGGAUCGCCCAAUUAUCGUCUUUUGGCACCCGAAGACAUCCUUAACAAGCCGGAUAUGUACGAUUUGGAGAACGAAGUCGAGGAGUACACGGUGGUAGGUCAAAGGAUGUCCUUCGACGAUGAGGAAGAUGAACCAGCAAGGGCGCCAGGUCAAGCGCCAGCCAAGAUGAGUGUGUCCAGCAUCAACACAGAGGAUCACAGAGGUUUACUGAGUGACUCCUAUUCGGGCAGGGAUUGGUUCCGUCCGGCGCCGCAGCACUUCCCUGAGUUCACGCGUAUCCCCCGAUUGCGUCCUAGUUCCAAAAUGAUCAUGUCGAUGAAACAGGACGAAGGGCCGCUAUCACCGCUGGCCACCAUGAUUCAGGAUAUGAACAGCUCCAGCAGCGGAGGCGAAGAGCGUGUGGAGCCUAGUGAAAAGAUGCUAGUUAGCAGCGACGUUGUACUCUCACCGAAGCAGUAUCUAGAGGAGCAGUUGGGUCUGGAAAUGGGCAGCCAAAGGCAGUCACCGGAGGAUUAUGGGAUGCCACCACCACCAGCAGCACCACCUCCUUACCACAGAACACUCAUGACGGAUCAGGAAGAUAACCAAAGCGUAGAACCUGCUCUUAGUUUAAAGCGUGAAAUGUCACCCAUCAUUAUCAGGGAUUCCAUACCAAUGGGAGGAGAUUUUAGAGUGGAUCAACCACGUCCACACAAGAAGACUGCUUUCACCAUCCUAUCCACGGGCCACCCGCCUCCGUCUGCUCCACGGACUCCACAAAAAACGCCCACCAGCCGAAGACAUGCCUCCAUUCAGUCAACAUCGACGACUACCUCAUCGCCGGCCGGUAGGCCACAGAUCAGUCCUCGCCGGAAAUCAAUUUUUGGCUCAGAUCCCCGACUGCCUGAGUUGCCCUCAUCGCUGGGUUAUUCCAGCCACUUCAUUCAACAGACCACGGAUGAUUCGCCACGUCCGUCGGUGCAGUUUAAUAUGAGCGGACGCCAUAGUCGCAGUAAACUGGCCAUUCCUCAGAAAGGCAUCCUCCAGCAGCGGGACUCACUGACUUCCUCCAUCGACACCUUCACGCCUCGGGCUCAAAUAAGAAGGGGAUCUAUGGGUAGGAGUCCCACCCACAGUCUGCCCUAUGGCCAAAAGGUCAAGAGUAUGGAAACACUACCGCUUAUAACAGAUCCGCAUCGUAGUGCUAUUCCUCGCCUGCACUACGGAUCAACCAUGGAAUUGGGAAGUCCGGAACCGGCUGUCUUUCCACCCGGAGCACUGCCGCGACCACUGAAGCCAAAUCUGAAUCCCACGCGAAAGCAACGCGGUCUUCUGAGGAUCAUCAACAAGGAGGAGUCGCUCGCCCAAAUCCCGCCGCGUUCCAAUUGGUGCAGUUUGGAUGACCUGAGCAGGCCAUCCUUCGAUUCGACUCCCAACCAGGCAAGACGUCGCUCCAGUUCCACCUCACCGGAGCGUCGCAGUUCAACGCAAACGGCAUCGGAUCGCAGGAGCUCCAAUCUAAGCAGCGUUACCGCCACGACCUCGGAUUUCAGUUUCCGGCGACCAACGCUCUCCUCACUGCCAGCAGCGCAAACUUUGUCUAGGAUGCGUCGCAAAUCGGUUCAAGCUCCCAGUCCUAACAGGAUUCCUAAUAGGAUACCAAGUUUCGGGCACCGAAGGCAGUCAAUCUAUCAAAGGGAUCGGGAACCUAAGCCACAAAGCAGGCACGGGAAGAUUGCCAAGCCCAGCACAUUGUCACCCAUAAUUGGAACACCCAACAAGGACAGUAGCUCGGCACAGAGUCCCACGCAUAGAUCUUCGCUGAUCGGAGAUGCUGCUGAGACCCAAUCGGAGGUGUCUACGCGGCGAGACUCGCUGUCCCGCAUUCCUGUUCGGAAAAGCCCAGAAUCACGCUCCAGUUCACCUCUCAAGGAUUUCGGCAUCACUGCCUCUGGACGAAGCUCUCGUGCUAGCGUUAGUCGGUCCCCUUCCAGAGCUAUGCAUGCCAGUAGUCGAUCUCCUUCAAGGUCCUUGCAUCCCAGCAGAACGCCCUCGAGGGAGAGUGGGAGACCAGGCGACUCACGAUCUGUUUCCAGAGGUCCACCUUCUAGACCAGGUUCUCGUUUGGAUCAGUCCAGCUCCCGUUUGGACAGAUCCAGUUCUCGAUUAGAUAGGUCCAGUUCUCAAUUGGAUAGGUCCAGUUCCCGUAUAGAUAGGUCUAACUCCCGCUUGGAAAGAUCAAACUCCCGUUUGGAUAUGUCUAUCUCCCGGGGAAACUCUCGUGCUAACUCCCGACUUAGUAUUAACUCAUCCUCACUGCGAUCCUCAAGUAUUUCACCCGCCACUAUGGCCAGAAACAGGAGCAUGCGAGCUACAACGCCAAGUCGCCGGAAAUCUAUCUCCUUGAGUCCAGCAAGUGCAAUGAUGGGUCGCCGAAAGUCCAUCAGUCCCGAUGCACUUGGUCAAAGCAGAAGAGUUACCAGUAGGGGCAAGCCGGAGACCUCAGAGAUUCUAUCUCGACGGAACUCUCGCUCCCGUAUUCCCACCAGAUCGACUAAGGUUGCAUCUAAGUCCCCGCCGUCUUCGUCCAAGAAGAGAUCGAAAUCGCCGGAAAAACCCAAAGCAAUGGGAACCACACCCAAGAGCAGCAAAGGUGUAAAGGGGGCACCCCCUAAGGGAAGCCCCAAAGCGAAACCAAAGAUCCCUGCAAGUGCCAAACCAAAGACCAAGACGGAAUCCUCGGUAAAACCACCAGCUAAAAAUUCAAAGAAAACUCCGGCUAAAGCUAAGCCAGCCACAGAAGGUAGUAAGCCAUCUUCUAAGGGGAUCCCAACGAAGAAUGGAAAAGUGGAAAAGGGAAAGGAGACGGCUAAGGCUGUUGGCGCCAAGAGCAAUGGAAAGGAACCAGUGGCCGCAGUACGGACAAAGUCACAGGAGACCAAAGGUAAACCCGCUGGAGGAACCACAACGGAGACCAAAAAGCCUACUACCGCAAAAACACAUGGAAUAACGUUGGAUAAGGGAGCUAAUGGUUCUGAUUCCGUUGUUGGAAUACCUCCACUGGCUGCCCAAGUCGGAAAUGCAGUGCUCCAGGCAGUUGAAGCAGUUCCUGCGGUGACCAGCGAGGUUCCCAUACCCUCAACACCGGGUGGCAAAGGAUCUGGCGGUGGCAAUAUGUCCAAAUUGGUGCGCAUGAGCUCCAGGAUGAGCCUGCUGAGCAAUAAGAGCAACAAAAAUCGAUCGGAUUCCCCUCAAAACCGAAAGGUGGCCACAGUGCAAGAACAUGCCAACGAAAUACAAGAAACAGUAGGAUCCAGUUCUCAGCCCAUGUCCAAUGAUGCCGCUGCCAUUCUGGAAAAGUCACAAAAGACCUUGGAAAAUAUUCAAAAAACAGUCACCGAGGCCACCGACGAGAUCCACAAGACCAUAACCGAAAAUCUCACCGAUCUAAAAAGCCUGGAAAAUGACCUUGCUGCCGAUCCUUCCCCCACUCCCAGUUCUGGCACCACCAUGGCUAGACCAGGGGAAUCCGCCUCCCGAACAGGCACGGCCGAUGGCAGUAUUGCUCCUCAGAGUUCAGGCGAGUUGCCCAAAUCUCCAUUUCCUCCUACGCAACCCAUCGAAGCAUCUGUUUCGGUUUUACAUCCCAAUGAAAGCGCUUCCGAGCGAAUAGCCAGUGUACCCGAGGUAGAGUUAGAGAGCUCUGAUCUUCCAACGGUUCUAGACGCAUCCGAAUCCGAUCUGGGUGCAAAUGUAAUGCCCACACCCGAAAGUGGAGCAGACUUCAAGGUGGACGCAAAACGACGAUCUCCAGACGGUCAGGGAGGAUCUACAGCGGGCAGCGGCGGUCUUGCAAAAAGCAGCAGUCAGGAGUUUCUCGAGGACAAGGAUAAUGCCAAAAAAGGGGGCCUGUGCGGAUGCUGUUCCAAGCUGUUCAUGCCCUGCCGUCGAUCACGCUGCUCCCGUUGCUGUCGUCGACGUGAAAGGAACCAAUCUGCUGAGGAUCAACCUGUCCUGUGGAGCGGCAGCAGCAGUGCCACUACGGCCACCAAUGUCCAAGUGAUUGAUGAGACCAAGCCGAAGCGGAAGAAGGCCACCGAUUGGCUAAAGUCCAGCUGCUGCCGGAGCUGUCGCAAGAAACCUCCCUCCGAGGAGGAUAUUGUCCAGGAGGAAGUUACUAAGCAGGGAAAGCAGGAGGCCAAAAUGAGCACGGGACCAAAGGCACGAGGUAAAUGCGGCCUCUGCCUGAGCAAGGUGUUCUGCUGUCGUUCGGUCAACAAGGUCGAUCCCACCACGGGCGAUGAGACGGAGCUGAGCAAGUGCUGCUUUUGCAUACCAUGUCGUCGAGGCAGUAAACCCAACAAAAAGGGAAGCACCGUUUCAUGGCGAGAUCAAGACCCUGAGCUGGGCAUCAAGCCCACCGAGUCAUCUGUGGUGGAAGGCGCCUCUGAAGCAGCAAUAUCUGCAUCAGCUGAUGCUGGGAAUAAUGAAGUAAAAGAGGGAUGCUGCAAGCGCUUCUGGCUUAUGUUGUUGUGCUGCCGCAAGAAGAAGCGUCGGGAGUCCAAUGCUCGAAGGCAGAGUAUCAAGGCGCCGCCACCCAGCGAGGAUACCCGUAAAAAGCUGCACGUGGACCUGGUGGAGUACUCAUCCAAGAUGAAAGGAGCUAUCCCAGUGCUGCCGCUGUACUUGGCCUGGUUCUGCGCAUUUUGUAAUGUGGUUUUCCCAGGUCUAGGAACCCUUCUCUCCGGACUCUUUUGCCUGUGCGUGGGCAUUCCACGCUUCUCACAAUUUGACAGUGCUCGUGCCAGGAUUGGAUCCUUUAUCAUCAACAUCAUUGUGGCCGUAUCGCAGUUCUUCUGCGUGCUGUUCUGCUUUGUGGGAUGGGGCUGGUCCAUUUGGUGGGGCACCAUAAUGCUAAAAUGUGCAAAGAAACUAAGCAAAAUCAAAAAGGUGGAGCGUUUGGAGCUGGAGGAGGAGCAGCGACAGGCGCAAUUGGCGGAGGCAGGGAAGAACGGCGAUGCUGAGGCGGCGAAGACAUAGUCCUCCGAACCCGGAGAUAACUAAGUUGCUUUUUAUACCAUUGUGUACAUACUUUUGUACAAAACAUGUAGAUUCCACAAAAACAUGCACUUCCACAUGAACUUCCAGGUUAAGCGAAAUGGAACAGAACUUCCUUUGAACAAGAGAUACAUAAAAGUAAAUGUAUUAAAAUCAUUAAACUUCCACUGAAAUAUUA